AUGGCGGUGUUUAUAACAAGUAAAUUUUCGAAUACAUUUUCAAUAUUGUUAAAACACUCACGAGGCAUUUGUAUAUCUUCAUACAAAUUACAAGAAACUGGAACACCUAAAGGUGAUUCUACGACUACUCUUGAAAUAAAACCUGAACCAAUUACUACAGAUGACAAAGAAGAUGAUAACAAAUAUGAACAAGAUAUCAAAACCACCAUCUUAAACGCUUCAUUACCUUUUGUACAUGAAAUGGGAUGGUCACGUAAUGCAAUUAUUGCCGGAGCGAAAACUGUUAAUUAUCCUGGUACAAUACAUGGUUUGUUUCCAUCGGCCGGAUCGGAAUUAGUACAAUUCUUUUAUACGCAGUGUAAUACUAAGUUAGCAAAUGAACUUAAAGAGGAAUUUGGGGAUGUCAAAAAACAACAAUCAGGGUCUGAAAUUGCGAGGAUAGCAAUUGAAAAACGAUUGAGGAUGAUUAUACCUUAUGAAAGUAAGUGGACACAGGCUAUAGCAAUUAUGUCUAUGCCUCAAAAUGUACCCGCAACACUUGCAAAUUUAAUGACAUUAGCUGAUGAUAUUUGUUACUACGCUGGUGAUCGAUCAGUGGAUCUUACAUGGUAUAGUCGCCGUAUUGGAAUUGCUGCUAUUUAUAAAAUGACAGAAUUGUAUAUGGUUCAAGACACUUCAGAGGAUCAUACAGAAACGUGGCAAUUUUUAAGUCAACGAAUUUCUGAAGCGUCUGCUGUGAACAAAUUCAUCUCGACAUCUGAUACCGUUAGUAAUCAAGCCAAGGAAACUAUUACGUCCGCAAUCAUUAUGGCACGUAAUAUGUUGGGGUUGAAUUGGAGAAGAUAACGGUAUGAGUGAAUGUAGUAUUAGAUAAAUUUAUACAUAAAUGUAAAACGUUUAUAGGUUAUGUUUAGUAUAUGAAAAAAUACAAGCCACGAAUUUUUUUGUUAUCGCAUGCUUUGUUUGUUUUGUUUUUUUUUUUUUGAAGAAGAAGAAGAAGAAGAAAUAAUUUCUAUUUAUUUAUUUAUUUGUCAAAUCUAAGCUUAAAAUGUAUUCUGAAAACAAGUAAAUAAAAGUUUAUGCAUUAA